UAUUUCGGAUGCAGGCGAGAGAGGAGGGAAAAUCAAACAACGUGAUGUCGACGCAAGAACCUUAGUGGUCCUGAGCUUGGCACCUCGCACCAAUCCACCGAGCCUCGAGACGAACGAGGGAACGAAGCCUUGACGCCUUGCGAACCAUGCAGCCUGUGCAUGUUGGCAUCCUACGAGUAUUCCGUCCAUGGAUCAUUUAGUACGCCGCAGCGAUCAGCAAAUCGACGAUCCAAACACCCAGGUUUCCCCCUGCCUCGCUGGUUCUUUUUUUCUUCCUUCCAGUUUCCAUGUGCCCUGUUUUUUCUUUCCAGGGAUCAUGCAAUUUUCCCCUCGAUUGACGCGUAGGAGCCCUGGAGCGAGGAGUAGGAGUCGGAGUCGGAGUAGGGGUUUCAUGAUGCUACGUAGUACACGUCUGUAUAUACUCAACGACAAAGGUCCUCUCUACCUACGUAGUAUUACCUACUACCCAAUGCUGCUGCUAGUACAAAGUACGAAAUACACGGACAUCGGGGACCACCGAUGGAGAACGGAGUUGUUCGUCGUCGUUGUCUUCGUUGUUGUAAGUUACCUAACUUACCUUGCCCACUACGAACAGAGGUCGGAGGUACAAAGUACGUCCAUUGAAAAAAAAAAAAAGAGGGCAAAAAAAUUGUUUGUAUGGUUGCGUACUCGAGAGUUAGUUGCAUAAUAGCCAUUUAGCAUUACCUAAUGGAUAUCGCGUCUUUUGAUGGUCCCAUGGUAUAAUUUAUUGUGGAACAUGGCCUGCACAGGACUAAUUGGACGAGUACUCGUCUGAGUACACUGUAGUCUUGUCGAGUUGACGAGAUGUCAGAUGUCAAGUUUUGACAGUUUCUGUCGAAUCGGAGUCUGUUGUUUCUUCACGAUGUAGAUGC